GUUGAUGAUGAGCGAGCAGUCGAUGAAUUCGAAGAAUUUAAUACCGAAAAAUCAGGGGGAGUAGAUAGUUCAAAUUAUUCCGAGAAGGCAAAAACGUUUAACGUCUCAUUUGACGAGUAUGUUGACUCAGCCAUAAACAUACAAGAUGAAAGUGAGAUAGCUGAGUCAAGUGUUGAGGAUGAGGAAAAUAAAAUUUGAUCUUAAUGAUAUUUCGAUAGAAUUGCAACACGAGCCAGCAGUUAAAUGGGAAGUCGGUGAUAUUAAUGUAACAGAUAGAUUUCGGAAUUAUCAAAAAGAUGUACUCAGGAAGGCGGAACGAGAAGGUCUAGAUUACGAAAACAUUUACGAAUCUUUAGCAUUAUCAUCAAUCAUGGUUCUCCGUUGGCCAUGUCCAUAUCCUGAGAUAUUUACGAAUCGAGAAUGGGCAGAAAUUACAAAAUUGAAUCCGUAUACCGUUAAAAACUCUCCGCUUCCACAAGAGAUUUCAACAUCCCUACAUGAAGCAACUUGCAACCAUUUCAUUGGCGAAGAUGUCUUUAUGAAUGGUGGAAAAACGAAGCUAAGUAGAGAUGUAGCAUGCUCAUUCAAUGAUUUAUAUAAUGGCUUACCAAUGGUUUCAUCAAACAUAAUGGAAAAAAUAACGGAAGAAGAGCACUGUUACAUGUUUCUUUAUCCAGUUACUAAACCUUUCUUUCUUAAUCCGCUAAGGGAGUACAAACUUGUCUUGAAUCGCGCUACACCAGGGUCAAGAAAAAGGCCCGACCUUUCUUGUGUAGUUGAUGAUAUCACAAUUCUCAACUCAGAAAUAAAACCGCUAAAAUGUACACCACUCCAACAAAAAAAGGACAUCGUGAAAGCACAGUUGCGAGCCCGCAAAUCGAUUAAUAUGCAACUACAAGGAAAAGGCGGUCUGGCCGAAGCCGGUAUAUUUUUGAAUAUGGGUGAAUGGAUGGAAUCGUUUUUCAUGGACUUACAGUAUGACGGAUUAUACCGUUCCUGGCCAUUUCUUACAACAAAGCUGGCGGUUGAAAAGGCUUCAAUCCCAUUAAUAGAGAACGCAUUGCAAAUCUUGCAGAGAACUACAAAUAUCGAGAUAAUCAAAAAAUUCGAAAUGGUCAAAUCACACCACCUACAUCUUUCAUGCGUAGAUUCCCAGAUACUCCACAAGUAAAAUUGUUACUUAAGUGAUAAGGGUUUUAGUCAUAGUGAAAUUAAAGCAUUUUCUCCUGAUAAUUGUUAUAUCUCUGUAUACUUAAUACGUUAAGAGGCUUGGACAAGUGAUGAAUGCGAAAGUUU